AUGGAAACCUACGCAGCCAUGGUUCAGAACAUGGACACCCACAUCGGCCGCGUACUCUCAUACCUUCGGAAAACCUCUGAACUCGACAACACGUUCGUCCUCUUCAUGUCCGACAACGGCGCCGAAGGCCUCUUGAUGGAAGCCCAUCCCGUGAUUGGCGAGAACAACAUCUUCGAGCAUAUCGAGAAGUACUACGACAACAGCCUGGCCAAUAUUGGGAACAAAAAUAGCUACGUCUGGUAUGGUCCACGUUGGGCGUCCGCUGCGACGGCGCCUGCUCGGCUGUAUAAAUGCUUCAGCUCUGAAGGAGGCAUUCGAGUACCGCUGAUAGUGCGGUAUCCGCCUGUGACUAGUCAACGGCCGGGCGCAAUUGAUCACUCUUUUGCCACGGUCAUGGACAUCGCCCCAACCCUAUUGGAGCUAGCAGGCACCGCACAUCCCGGUGCAACAUAUCGCGGGCGGGACGUAGUGCCUAUUCGAGGAAAGUCAUGGGCGAAACACCUCAGCCAGCCUGACGUCCACAAAGAAGUCCACGAUGAAGACGCCGUCCAUGGUUGGGAACUCUUCGACCGGCAGGCGAUUCGCAAAGGAAAAUGGAAGGCGUUGCUGAUACCACCACCCUUUGGACCAGGAGAAUGGCAGCUAUAUAACUUGGAGGAGGACCCGGGGGAGACGGCGGAUCUAGCUGUGAGACAUGGCGAGAAGCUGAGAGAGUUGCUUGUGCACUGGGACGAGUACGUGAAGGAGGUCGGCUUAGCUGGAGCUAGUCCACAGUAUGGUGUACUGAAAGUCGGCGUGGAGGCAUAA